GGCUUCUUUGUUUUGAAUUAAGAGGCUGAAGCAACAACAACAACCAAAAGGUCUCAAGAGAUUUCUAGGGUGAGAUCAUCUUCUCUCCUCUGAAAAAUGUAUAACACCAAUAUAGGGAUGUUCCCCACUUUAGUAACAAGCCCUGUGCCUCGUUUCCCCGAAGGAGAGACGUGUUUCGCAUCGCUUAACACUACGUGCAACGACCCGACCGAAGAAGAAAUGGAGAUAGAGGAGCUUGAGAAGAAGAUCUGGAAAGACAAGCAGCGUUUGAAGCAGCUCAAGGAGAUGUCCAAGAACGGGCUAGGUAGAGCAUCGUUGAAGCAGCCUCCUGACGAUGAACAUUCGAGAAAGAGAAUGAUGUACCAGGCACAGGAUGGGAUCUUAAAGUACAUGUCCAAGACAAUGGAGCGUUGCAAAGCUCAAGGCUUCGUGUACGGCGUCGUUUUCCAGAACGGGAAAACAGUAACGGGGUCUUCUGACAAUCUCCGUGGAUGGUGGAGAGACCAAGUGAGGUUUGAUAGGAACGGACCAGCUGCUAUACUGAAGCACCAGAGAGAGAUCAAUCUCUCCGCCACUGAUGGAAAUGAGUUAGGAUACUCUGAGGAUGGAGGAGAAUGUACUGCACAUAAGUUGCUUGAGCUGCAAGAUACAACUCUAGGAGCUCUUUUAUCUGCUCUGAUGCCUAACUGCAAGCCUCCUCAGAGACGUUAUCCCUUGGAGAAAGGCGUGCCGCCGCCUUGGUGGCCGACGGGGAAAGAAGACUGGUGGGGUGAUCUGCCUUUACCCGAUGGUUGUAGAGGACAUCCUCCUGCUUACAGGAAGCCUCAUGGCCUCAAGAAGAUGUGGAAGGUUGGUAUUUUGAUUGGUGUGAUCAGACAUAUGAUGGCUUCAGACAUUAACGACAUAGCGAAGCUGGUGGGACGGUCUACGACUCUGCAGGAGAAGAUGACUUCAAGAGAAGGCUCUUUAUGGCUAGCUGCUUUGAACAGAGAGAAGGCUAUUGCUAGUCAGAGUCAGGAGCAGCCUUUAACCUUCUCAGAAGAAGAUGGAACUGGUGGCGAGACGGAUACUCUAUUCCCUGAACCAGCAGAUUAUGAUGUUGAAGGAAGUGUUGGGCCUCGUCAUCGUCUCAAUCGGCAGUUUCAUGGAUUUGACAACAACAACUUCAAUAGUGUUUAUAACAACAAGAGGAGGUUUGAAGGAGAGUCACUUCAUCCAGGAACGAACCUAACUUGUGAGAACAGUCCCUGUCCUUAUAGCAGACCAGAGAUGGGAUUCAAUGACAGGGUCUUAAGAGAGAAUCACCAAAUGACUUGUCCUUAUAAACAACCCACUGAACCCUUUUACCAACCCGCUGAACCCUUUGGUAUGCCUUAUCCGGAUUAUAACCGGAGUUUUUAUGGAAACAGACCGGAGAGCCAAGUGGGAAUGCAGCAGCAGCAGCAGCAGCAGCAAGUUCAGAGCAUUCCAGACAAUUUUACUCAAUCCAACAAUCUCUACAGACCAAAAGCAGCAGAAAGAGGAGGUAAUACUUCGGUGAUGAAUCAUAAUACCAACAAUGGCUAUGCGCAAACAGUAGGGAUGGAGAACUAUCAUCAGAAUACCAACAAUGGCUAUGCGCAAACAGUAGGGAUGGAGAACUAUCAUAAGAAUACCAACAAUGGCUAUGCGCAAACAGUAGGGAUGGAGAACUAUCAUCAGAAUCAAGAUCAAGACUUGUCCAUGCCUUGGAUUCAGUGAAGAUAAAGCUUUAGUUUAUCUUGCUUUCCUU